CUCCUUCCGCAGUGGGAGAUGAAGUCAGUUGCUGCACCAUCAUAGCUUCUUGUGCUGAUGUGCGUGAAGUGAAUAAGCUACAUGAUGCUCGCUACCCCUGCUGCUGGAGUGGUUUUAAUAUUAGCUUGGAUUUAUCCAAGUCACGCUCUUUAUUUCCACAUAGGAGAGACGGAGAAGAAAUGUUUCAUAGAAGAAAUUCCAGACGAAACAAUGGUUAUUGGAAAGUACAGGACUCAGCUGUGGGACAAGCUGACAGAUUCCUUCCUCGCAGCCACGCCCGGCCUGGGGAUGCAUGUGGAGAUCAAGGAUCCAGAUACUAAGAUUAUCCUGUCUCGACAAUACGGCUCAGACGGACGGUUCACCUUCACCUCACACACUCCCGGAGAACAUCAGAUCUGUUUGCACUCCAACUCCACCAAGAUGGCUCUGUUUGCAGGAGGAAAACUGAGGGUGCAUCUGGAUAUUCAGGUGGGAGAACACACCAACAACUACCCUGAGAUCGCAGCGAAGGACAAACUGACGGAGCUGCAGCUGAGAGCCCGACAGCUGCUGGACCAGGUGGAGCAGAUCCAAAAGGAGCAAAACUACCAGAGGUAUCGAGAGGAGCGCUUCCGCAUGACCAGUGAGAGCACCAACCAGCGCGUCCUGUGGUGGUCCAUCGCUCAGACCCUCAUCCUCAUCGUCACCGGCAUCUGGCAGAUGAAGCACCUCAAGAGCUUCUUUGAGGCCAAGAAGCUGGUCUGAGGUGUGUCUGCACCACGCAGCAGCUGGACAGACUCAAGCGGAUGGAGGGACGCCCGCCCAGAAACAUCCAGGAGGACACAUGUUGUUAAGGGAGAGCUGUGGCUGUUAGAGGGGGGGUUAUAUGGGGUACGUCUCCACAGUCAGUGGAUGAUGCCCCCAGUUAGGAGAAACAGACUGGAGUAACUGCACAGAAAUAAAGCAAUAUAGUGCUGGGGAAUAAUGUAUUCCAGCUGGGGAGUCAUGUGUUGUGCAAAGUUAAAUGACUGUUUCUGUCAAUUGAGUCUGGUAGCAUUAGCUAGGACUGUAAGAUAAAUUGAUGAAAAUAUAAAACAUUUAGCAUUUAAAAGAGAUGUGUGUUAAGUAGGCUGCCCCUAUCCACAGCAGUACAUUAGCGUCCUCAUGCUGCUCACGUCUGUUUCUCCAAACUGAAGCUAAGACACUGACUGGAUAUGCACCUCAUACAACUCCCCCUCAAAACAUCCUCACUAUGCCUAUAAUAUCAGCCAUAAAUGGUACGAGCAAACUCACGAAGCAGUUAUAUAUCCUGGGGCCCCGGUUGUUAUUAUUCAUUUUUUGGCUAUUGUUAUUUUCUGACACAGUAGCACAACAUUCCACCUGCUUUUUGUGUGUUUUUGUUGACAACACUGGACAUGUCAUUUUUCUUUUUAUGUUUAUGAGGUCUUGCAGGAGUGAGAGACCACAGUGGAUAUGUAACAAUGAAAGUGUUUAAGCUGUUGCAAACAAGUUUAUUGAUAUUUUAUUUUAUGUAGCCUGUUUUCUGUCAAUAUUGCCUAUAUUUCUAUUUCCAGGUUUGAUAACGUUCUAAUCACAGGCUUUCAGCUGGGUUCAUUAGGUCGCUGGUAAUAAUACUAUUUCACUGGCCAUAAUUCCUCACGUGUUAAUUUGAUAUUUAUACAACCGUCUUUUUUAGCAUGCAUACACAGUAUAUAAACCCUUAAUAAAUGGCUUAUAACACA